AUGUUGAUUGAGUUCACCACACACUGCUUGGCCUCCAAGCCCUCUUCUGAAAUCUUGGUGGAAGCUUCCAUGACCCUAGGACUCUCUCCUCAGUCAUGCCUGAAAUGGCAGCAUCAAUUGGACAACUGUUUAUUUAUUUACUGCCCGUGUAUCUCAGGCUGGCCUCGAACCCUGGCUUCCUGAGGGCCAGGGUUCCUACUCUUCGCCACCGGUGACACCAGCAGGCAGUCUGGUCUUGUAGGGGAGCAAAGCCUUUGAAAAGGGAAGGGAAAGCAGACUGCCAGUAUGACAGAGGCCCGGGCCUUUACUUUCCUAGGCUGCAAGGAAAAACUGAGUGGAUCAAAAGACAGAAAUGUAUCGUGUCAGAAUUCACAAGGCUGGAAGUUCAAAACCAAGGUGUUGGCGGUGUCAUGCUUUCUCUGAGGACUUUAUGGAAGGGUCGGCUUCAUGCCUUCUUUGUUUCCAGCAUAACCAACAAUCGUUGGCUUCAGAGCCACCAUGACAACCCUAUCUCUGUCGUUGCCUGUCAUUCUUUUUGUCUGUCACAUGCCAUGCUCCUCUGUGUCUUUGUCCAUCUGACUCUGUUCUCAAAAGUGGCUACAUUCAAAGAUGCCGUGAAUCCUUCAAUGCACCUUUUGAGAACACAGUUCAGCCUAGAAAACUAAACUAACUUUGUGACAUAUCUGUUUGUUUGUUUGUUUGUUUGUUUGUUUUUCCAGGCAGCAUCUCUCUAUGUAGCCCUGGCUGGUCUUGAAUACACAAAGAGAUCCACAUGCCUCUACCUCCAGUGUUCUGGUAUUAAAGGCAGGUGCUUUUGGUAUAUCCUUUUCGUUAGAAACAAAUAUUCACAUCCAAAGGGAACAAUUUCUAAGGUAUGAACAACAGGGCAGGCAUGAAUUCACAGCAGCACCAGACGCGUGACUGAACAGCCCAGUCUGUGUCUUGCAGUGAUGUUCAUGGCAUAAGGACACAGUGAACCAAUCAGAGUUCUGUUCAGUCAGUGAUAAACAAUCAGUGACACAGUCAGACUUGUGUUCAAAUUAACAGAGGAAUUGGGGAAAUUAGGUAGCAAGUAACAACAUCACUUUGUAUUAGGCAAGUAACCCUACUCCAGAAACCUCUGAGCCCUGAAAGAUACAAAGAUGUUAGGAGACGCUGCCAGUUGCUACUCUGAACUCUUCCAAGUGGACCAGGACCUAUUGAAGUGGUCACAGUUCAUGGCUGGUAUCCAGUUUUGUGGAGAUCAGAAGUAGAGCCAAGGUGUUCAGUUCAGCUUUGUUGACUCAGUCGGGCCACAGAUGUUGCCACUUGGAAAAUCCUAGAUUCCAGCAGUGUACAGUCUAAGGACCUUUCUGGGAAGGGUGUCGAGGCCUCUCUGGUCAUUCCUUGCUUUCAGGAGGUCAGUGAAAGAUGGCAGCCAAUAAGACAAUGUUCUUCAAUGCCCACCUCAUUGAAAGAGGACUAUGGUCACUGACUAGCAGUUAGUAUCAGAAUUGUGUAGAAAUACUUGUUAGAACAUAGAUGUGUGUGUGUGCCCAUUCAUACAAAUGCAUGUAUGUAUGUGUAAGUAUUAAAUUAUAUAAAAUAUGUAUAUAUAACUAUUAUUUGUAUAUAAUUAAUAAUACCUAAAACACUAGAAUGAAAAUACACAACAAAGACAAAUAUUUAAGUAAGCCACAUAUAUACUUUUAGUUAUAUACAUAAGUUAAAAGUCUUAUAGUUUAUAUGUUUGUGUAGUAGAAUUUGCUAUGCAUAAAUUCGAAGGAACUGGGUGGCCGGGCAUGGGGGAGCCCUAAUAUAAUGAUGUAAGAUGACCACAAGGUCAAGGCCUGGGAGACAUAGAAUCAAAACAUGUCUCCUUGAACACAAAAACAAACCAAGAUUAAACAUAUCUACAGAACUGAGUCAACAGAGAAAGCUGCCAAAGACAAGCAACUGAUGAGUUGCAAAAAUAAUGUUUACAUGUAAUGGCAUGAAUAUGCUAUAUGCAAGAGACAUACACACAUAUAUAUGUAUUUAUAUGUAUGUACGUAUGUAUGUAUAUAAAAAUGUUUAAAAAGGCAUAGACACAACAGUGGAUACUGCUUACAAUGGGUAGUAGGCUGAGAGGGUGUAGGCAUGAAGAAUAACUUUCGUUUCGUUAGUUUGCUUACUUGUUUUGAGAAAGGUUCUGUGUAGCCCAGGCUGGCCUAGAAUUUGUGGCAAUCCCCCUACCUCAGCCUCCAGAACUUGGGAUUGUAGACUUCCUCCACCAUAUGCAUUUAUAGUAACUUUCCUUUUCACUCUGUCGUUUAGAAUGUGAGACUGUGUACUGUUAAUAUAGUGGUGUCUAACUGAGAUUAUUUUACUUUUUAACCAUUAUAUUUCCUGUGAAAAUAUAUAAUAAUGAAUAUGUUAAUAACAGGGAAAGCUGCUUGCAUUGACAAGUUAUGUAUCACGCCUGAAGAGCUGAUUUCUCGUCUGGGAGAGUUUGGGCAGUUCUGCCCCGUCAGCCUAGCAGAGUCUUAUGAGUUAGUUGAUUGUUCUGUAACUAACAGCUUGGAAUUUGCAGCAGAGUUCAGAGGACACUAUUAUAAAAUGGGUUCUCAAGAAAAGCUAAACAAAUUUCUGAUGAACCCAGAAUUGUACGUGCCUCCCUUGGCACCUCAUCCCCUCCCACCUGCUGCCAUGCUCCCCAAAAGGCUGACCCUGUCAGAGCUCAAGAGUCGAUUUCCCAAGUGUGCUGAGCUCCAAGGCUACUGCCCAGUGACUUACCUUGACGGAAAGCAAAGAUAUGACGCCCUGGUGCCUGGUAACAUUCAAUAUGCCGUAGAGUAUCGGGAUCGUAUAUUUAUUUGCGAGAGUGAAGAAAAACUGCAGAAAUUUUUGAGGCUGCCGAUGCGUUACUGGGACCAGAAGCUCCCCCACAAGCUUCCUCCGCUAAAGGAAUCCAUCCACCUCACCAGUCUCCCUUUGCCUGGGUAUCUGGAACAGGGUACAGCAACUUCCCUAAUCAAAGCCUUGAAUGCAGCGGGAUGCCUGAAGCCCAAGUUCCCCUUCCUAAGCGUGAGGCGGUCUGUCCUCCUCUACGUAGGAUUUCAUCUCAAAGCCUUUAAUCCGAAAGGUUCUGAAUAUUCAAGAAAAAAAUACAAGAAGAAGAUGGAGAAGUUUUUGGAAAGAUGUGAACUCAUAACAUACCUGAGUGCCAAGAUGACCCGGAAGUACAAGGAGCCUCAGUUUAGAGCCAUUGACUUCGAUCACAAGCUACAGACCUUUUUGGCUCUGAGAAACAUAGACCCCGUUACCGGAUAACUUGCUUAGGUUACCAAGUCCCAAAUUUCUCAAAUCUUCUCUAAGGGAGAGAAGGACUUAAGGGAGCAGACUUCAAAUCUUGCAUUUUCUGAAGUUUAUUUCCCUCUUAUCUGAUGUUAUGUGGCCGCCAGGUCUCAAAUGGACUCAAAGGCCUAUUAGGAAGGGUCACCCUCUGAGUACCUAAGUGUUAAUAUAAUUUUCAAGUUUAUUGCCUUUUUCUGAAUUUUGAUGCUUCCACAAAAUGGGCAUCCUGUUUGAGAUAUUAAAAUGCUUACUAAAUCUA